GUGCGGGGAUGCGAGAAGCCAAUGGGAUGAGGACCUGAUAAUAGAUGCAAAUUAUCGUGAAAAGACACCGCAAAAUAUGAAACAACUCAUUUGCAGCGGAGUAAAUCACAGAAAACUGUUUGUGAACUGGCACCUCAUACCGGAAUUGUGAUGCAGGAGCAGAGGAUACGAUUUUAUGGAAUCGGCAUCAUUGUACCUUCAGCUAUUUAGGGUAUUUUGAAAUACAACAGUAUCUUAGUCCAUACAUUGCUAACCUGCUUGGGCUCUUUUUGUAGACCCAACAUCGGUCCUUUCGAGCGUUCGUGUCUGUACAAACACUAGCAAACAAACAAAAUCAACAACAACAAAAAAUGAGUUCAUAUUUUGUCAACUCUCUUUUUUCCAAAUACAAAAGUGGAGACUCUUUACGUCCCAAUUAUUACGAGUGCGGGUUCGCGCAGGACUUAGGGAGUCGACCCACCGUAGUAUAUGGACCCGGCAGUGGAGCAACUUUCCAACAUCCCCCUCAGAUCCAGGAGUUCUACCACCAUGGCGCGUCCACACUCUCCAGUGCCCCAUAUCAACAAAGUCCCUGUGCGGUAACGUGCCACGGAGAACCGGGUAACUUCUAUGGGUACGACGCUCUCCAGAGGCAGACGCUUUUCGGAGCGCAGGACGCGGAUUUGGUGCAGUACAACGAUUGUAAACUUGCCGCUGGUGGCAUCGGUGAUGACACUGAAGGGACAGAGCAGAGCCCGUCACCGACGCAGCUUUUCCCGUGGAUGCGACCGCAAGCAGCUGCCGGACGGAGGCGAGGCCGCCAGACCUACAGCCGCUACCAGACCCUGGAGCUCGAGAAGGAGUUUCUCUUCAACCCCUACCUGACCCGCAAGCGGCGGAUCGAGGUAUCGCAUGCUCUGGGACUGACCGAGAGGCAAGUGAAAAUCUGGUUUCAAAAUCGGAGGAUGAAAUGGAAAAAGGAGAACAACAAAGACAAAUUCCCCAGCAGUAAGUCCGAGCAGGAGGAGAUCGAGAAGGAGAAGCGGGAGAAGGAGCAUCAAAGUGCCGGGGCACAGUCGUCCGGUGAAGACUGCGACAAAACCAAGCAAAUGUAAAAAGCUACAGGGGGGAUGGGGAGUUUGAAUCAGGACCACGGAAAGGCAGCAUUGAGAGAAAGAGAGAGAGAGAAGGAGAAAGAGGAGGAAUGAGGGGGACCAGCAUGUGGUUGUGUUUCGCAAACAUGGCUUUGGCGAGCCAUUCCACGUUUUAGAUGAACGUCUCUACACAGUGACUUAAAGGAAAAGACUAUUAUGUUGUUAUUGCUGUCUGGAGACAAAACAAAACAUUUGAACGGGAGAAAUGAAGCAUUUGUACUUUUUAAUCUAAUGUCGGGAAAAUAUUAUAGCGUUUAAAAAGAUAGCCUCCUUACCUUGUGGAACAAUUAUCGUGAUAUAUUUCUAGGCUAUUGUUAGAAUUUUAUCAUUAACAAUUAUCUUUGGCAGCUGUAUAGUUUUUAAGUUAAAUGGUGCACUUUUUACUGUUAUCUCUUCUAUGUUAUGAUGACGUAGCAAAUAAUGAAUUCCAACAACAUGAAACUGCCUAUUUAUGCCGUAGUAUUUCUCUUUUUAAACUUGUCCUUUCUUAGUUCAUUUGUUUUAAUUGAUG